GGAGGGAGGGCGGUGCUAGUGGUGCCCAAGAAGCAGGGCCUUGCCUUUGUGGUUGUAGAAAGAGAAGAUGGCUCCCGUUCUGGAGAAACAGCUCCCGGGCGCAGCCGGGGCAGGCGACAACAACAACGAAGACGAAGAAGGACAAAACCUCUGGACCUCGAUACUGAGUGAAGUUUCAACUAGAUCAAGUUCAAAGUUGCCAUCAGGAAAAAACAUCCUGGUAUUUGGUGAGGAUGGAUCAGGAAAAACGUCACUUGUGGCCAAACUUCAAGGAGCUGAUCACAACAAGAAAGGGAGGGGACUGGAAUAUCUGUACUUAAAUGUCCAUGAUGAGGACAGAGAUGACCUUACUCGCUGCAAUGUGUGGAUCCUGGACGGAGACCUAUACCACAAAGGCCUGCUUAAGUUCGCUGUUUCAGCGCAGUCACUACCUGACUGUUUAGCUGUGUUUGUUGCGGAUAUGUCACGGCCCUGGACCAUCAUGGAGUCGCUGCAGAAAUGGGCGAGCGUACUGCGUGACCAUGUGGACAAGCUCAAGAUCCAACCUGAGGACAUGAGAGAAAUGGAGCAGAAGAUGGUGAAAGCGUUUCAGGAGUAUACAGAGCCGGAGGAUGCCACCCCAGCCUCCCCACAGAGACGGGCCCCGACAGCAGGGGAAGACGAGGCCGUUGUGCUACCACUUGGGGAAAACACACUCACACACAACCUGGGCAUUCCAGUGCUAAUAGUUUGCACAAAGUGCGAUGCAGUCAGCGUACUGGAGAAAGAGCACGACUACAGAGAGGAGCACUUCGAUUUCAUCCAGUCCCACAUCAGGCGAUUUUCCUUACAGUAUGGAGCUGGCCUGAUCUAUACCUCAGUCAAAGAGGAGAAGAACAUGGACCUGCUUUACAAAUAUAUAGUACAUAAGAUGUAUGACUUCCAGUUCACCACACCUGCCUUAGUGGUGGAGAAGGAUGCAGUGUUCAUUCCAUCUGGAUGGGAUAAUGAGAAGAAAAUUGGGAUUUUGCAUGAAAACUUCACAACAGUCAGACCUGAAGAUCCAUUUGAAGACUUUAUCACAAAGCCUCCAGUGCGAAAGCUGGUUCAUGACAAAGAGAUAUGUGCAGAGGAUGAGCAGGUUUUCCUGAUGAAGCAACAGUCAAUGUUAGCGAAGCAGCCCGCCACGCCAACAAGAGGAGCAACAGAGUCUCCAGGACGGACAGCCUCAGGGUCUCCACGGCCCGCAGGUCGUGCCGGCCAACCCACUGUGACCAGCGGCUCACCAAUGGCUGCUGUCAAAAAGCCUGACCCUAACAUGAAAGCAGGGGCUGCCAAUGAGGGAGUGCUGGCUAACUUCUUCAACAGCCUGUUGAGUAAAAAGACUGGCGCCCCAGGGAGCCCAGGAAGUGGAGCAGUUGGAGCUGGAGUGCAAGGGUCUGCCAAGAAAACAGGGCAGAAGCCGGGUUUGACUGACGUCCAGGCCGAGUUGGACAGGAUGACUCGCAAACAAGACUCCAUGGUUUCAGCUAACAACAUACCACCGCCAACAGAGAACGAAGCGUGAAAGCAACAAAAACAGCUGCAUCGUCCACUGCAAAGAUUACAUAUACAUGCGAGCAUAAAAAGAAAUUGACCAAAUUCCCAAUGUCUAUAUCAGCCAGCACACACAGAGGUUGCACGAGAAUGAGUUCAGUUGCUAUCAGAUAUUUUGAUGGUCUGGUGAGAUGGGAAGAGAGAGAGCGAUGAUGAAGGUGUUUACGAGAUGCUAAGUGCUGAAGGCCUGGCUUUAUUUCUGUCCUCUCUUCCACUGUAAAUGUAAUUUUGUGAAGGGUGUCAGUUUAUGGAAAUAUGUGCACACUCCCUGGCAGCCUGGUGUGCCGGGCUGCAGGCCCUCUGGUUUCUGGGGUAUAACACCCUGCUGGUGGGUUUUAAAGAGUGGAAAUUUUACUGCUCCUGUGGCCUCUGGUUCAGCUUAUCUCAUGGAAGGAAUUUUGUUAUGAUUGGAAAGGUAUUUAAACUUAUAUUCAUUGAGAGAAGUAAUUAAAUACUUGCAAACAUAUGUAGUAUGUAAAAAAGAAAAAACAAAACAAAAAAAAGAUGUUGGAUGUGAUACUGAUGUAUUUAUACAAAGUUCCUCCUUUUUAUUUUAUUUUGUGCACCAUUUAUCGGUUUAAGCAAAAGUCAUCUGUUUUCACAUAACAUGUUAAAAUGCCACUGACGUCAUGACACUAAUAUGACAAGUCCAGAUAGCUGAUAGCAUAUCAUAUCAUUUGCUCUAAUCAUUUCGAAGGAUUCUGUAAAUAUAAAUACAAAAAAAAAUCUAUUCAGGUUAACUUUGAUUUUGUAUAAAAUGCAAUUCUGUCCAAAUUCUGAAAAUAGCUUCUUUGAUUAAAUGAGACUGGUUGAGAUUUGACAGGCAUAGAGGGUGCAACAUAAUCGCUUCUUCAGCUACAGGUGUGUAUAUUCGGGGAGGGGGUUGGGCAGCAUCUUUCCUACUAUAACUCCUAAGUGCCUCGCACAGUUAGCUGUUUGUGUCAUAGUAGAGGUGCUUGUCUGUGUAAGAGGAAAUGCACUGUAGCACGAUUGGUUAAAAGGUUUUUGUCCAUUUCUUGUCAUCCAAAUAAUUUAUUUUGUUUUACAUUUUUGUUAAUGUACAACAACAACUGUGGUCUCUGUUAUUUUUCAGAAAUAAGAUUUCUGUGGCCUAGCUGAUGGUGUUCAGUAGAGCAGUAGAUUGAAUACCUUCAUAAAAACUGUAAAGGCUUCUCAUAUUAAGAAGGAACAACAUGAUGGAAGUUUUGGGUCCAUCAGACGAACACUCACUGUGGUCGAAACCACUCGCUCUGCAGCCAAAAUACUCUCGCGAUGAUUUGUUGUGGUUUGAACAAGAUGAGAUGUUUUAUCCUUCAGUGUUCGACAGCACUCUGUCCUUCUGGUUUCACGUGUUUGAUUCUCGCUGUACUUUGCAUGUCAGUUAAAACAUUCCCAGUUUCUACAUGAAGUAGCUGUAGGAACCACAUCCCUAUAGGAAACCUGGUUGUCCAGUCGGGUCUUUUUUGUUUUGCUCUCUCUCAGUGCCCAUUUGAAUCUACAACCUUUGCCUUCAAUGUACAGCUAACAGUUUGUCACACUGGGCGCCCUGCCUUCACAGGAAUGCUCCUAAUUAAUUGUGUGUCCUUAAGGGGUUGCUUAAUUGUGUUAUGUAAUUUCUUUCUCUUUUUUUGCAUACUGUACCAUAUCAAAUAUUAUUUAUGGUUCAUGACACCAUAAUCUAAUCAAAAGUGUACAUUUUUCUUAAAACUGUAUGCAAGGCCCUACUUAAUCCUAUGGAUAGUGUAUAUGAGUAGCUUUCACAGAAGUACUGGCAAGAGUUAAGAGAGCAGCUAUUUGCUAUUGAAAUAAUGGCAAAAAAGGAAAACUGGAGUGAAUUGGAACAUGGAACCAAAGAUGCAUGUUAGUCAAUAUUUUCUGCUUUUAUAUUUUGUAAUCAUCCAUAAGAUUAACCAGUGGCCAUUAUUAUUUUGUCCUACUCUUGCAUGGAGCCCCUGCAUUCCAAACUUCAGACCUGCCUAUGAAGACUUGUUUUUGAAUAACACCCUGUACAAAAUGGUAGAAAUGCCUUGCUCCACUCAACCAUAUCAAGACAUACAUUCAAGAGUUAAAGGAGAAAUAAUUGUGUACCUAAAGAUUAUGGUGAAUCCUCUAAAUUUUGUUUUCAAUUAAGGUUAUCUUCAUUUAAAGAAAAGAUUUGCUCUGUAAGGGAAUUAACCACGUGACCAUACUGGUGUACAGUCUACUGUAUGCAUGAUUUGAUUUGUUGUCAAAAUGAUGCUUCUCAUCUGUUUUUGGAUUUACUUUUGAUCAGAACAAAGCUCUUAUUGUUUUUAUUUUUCCUUUUUAUUUAAUUAUUUUUUUUCUCAUCUUGUUUAAUGACGGGGUGGAACGUGCCCCUGAGAGUCUGUUGCCGAAGUGGAUGAAGCACAAUUUGAGAACAGCCAGGAGCCGCACCGCCACAUGUUGAAAUAAGCACUUUCCCUGGGACACUUGUAUCAAUUCCCUUUUGGUACAGUUAAUGAUACAGAAUGCAUAUUUUUCUUUUUUUUGCCUUUCUGCCUUUCUAUUAGAACAUUUAGUAAAUGAACCUAGAAGUUAACCUACACAGCGAAACUUCAUUAUUUAUCUACAUUUGCUGCAGACGUUAUGGAAGGUGCUCGUGGUGGUUAACUGUGGAAUGGCCCCUUUCUUUUGGUGAUGUACAUUUGGAAAUCAUCAUCAUCACACCGUUUUGCUUAGGGAUGUUUUUGGGACACCUCAAAGCAAAUCAACCAAAUACAUUUCCAUUUCUUUUACAGGUCUGUCCUUUUUUGCCCACAAAACGUACCCUCGUUUGUGUUUACAUCCUACUUGGGCCUGUUUUCUUUUUGUUGUCAAAUACGUUUUGUCCCAGACAUUUUCUGUUUUUAAAAUAAUUGUAAAAUGUCACUGUAACCUGAUUGACCACACUGAUAUUUCCACAUAAAAACAUGGCCACGCUUGUUAAAUUUGGCAUUUAACUGAUGGGAAUGAAGUGCUCUCAUGUUAUUUGGUUUCAAAGUUGCUCUUGCUCUUUGUAAAGAUCGGUUGUCGCUCCCAAGAAUGAAUAAUGAACAGAUGUUGUAACUUUUGUAUUCAAGCGUCAGUUGAAAGUGACUGCCUUGUCACAUCCUAACUGAAUUGCCUUUGACCACUAUCAACAGUCUACGUCUAUAUAUGAGACUUUGAGCUUCUGCUUCCAGUCCUUUUGUAUUCAGGAUAUCAAGACAUUGUAAGCACAUGGCCGGCUGCACUUCUGUGUCCUGAAUGAAUUCAGAAGUUUGAUUGUAUGACUUUUAACACAAUUCUGUAGCCUCUAAGCUGCCAUGUGGACACUUUUGCUUCUUACACCGACAAAAAUAAGGAAAAUGUUUAUCAGACCCCUGGCUUCAAUAAAACCAAGAAUCCAAACUUUG